UGUUUACAAACAAAUAACCUCACAUUUAAACUCAGCGAAGCGAUGAAGCACAAAAUAAUUAGACAUUUUUUAAUUACCUAUAAGUCAUAGUUUAAGAACGGAAAGAAAAUGGGACAAACUACAACAUUAAAGAAAAUAUCUCAUCUGAAUCGCUUCAAACUUCAUUUGUGUUUUGCAUUCGCAUUCCUUCUUGGUUGUAUGUUUUCCUUCAGUAUUAUGCCCAUAGAUAGAACUUGUAGAAUAGAAGAUUCUGAUAGAGAAUUCAACAUAAUGAAGAAUUCCAAAUUAAAAAAUCCCGAGCUGAUAAUCCUGAUCUUAUCUGCACCUAAUAACAUUGAAAGAAGAAAAGUAAUUCGUAAAACCUGGUUAUCGUUAAUUCCCCCAGAUCAGGAAAACAUUAGGGAUAGCAAAAAAUUCAAAGUGAAACAUUUUUUCGCGAUAGGCCAUUUGGCCCUGAACAAAGAUCAACUGAAGGAAAUAGAGAAGGAGCAAUAUGAAUAUAACGAUAUAUUGUUCAUCCCUAUUCAAGACAGUUAUGCAAAUUUAACAUUGAAAGUACUGAAGAGCUUCGAAUGGUUGAAUGAGCAAUAUGAUUAUGGCUUGGGAUUCAAAUAUGUUUUGAAAUGUGAUGAUGAUAGUUUUGUUCGUUUGGAUAAUUUCAUCCAUGAGCUAAAACAUAUUGAACUUUUAUAUUUGAAAACAAAAUUAUCAAGUGUCCAGAAGAUGUCUGCUCAAAAUAAUUCUCCAUAUCUUCGAAUCAAUCUGCAAAUCAACUCCAAUGAAACGAAAAAUAACCUUUCACUUUAUUGGGGAUAUUUCGAUGGGAGGGCAACUAUGAUGAGAAAAGGGAAAUGGAAAGAUCAAAAUUGGAUUGCCUGUGAUAAAUAUAUUCUAUAUGCUUUAGGUGGUGGUUAUAUUCUUUCGAAGAGACUCAUAACUUAUAUUGCAAAAAAUGCUGAUUACUUGAGGCUGUUCAAUGCUGAGGAUGUGAGUGUGGGAUUUUGGUUGUCUCCUAUUGAUAAUAUACUACGGAUUCAUGACAUUAGAUUUGAUACAGAAUGGACAUCAAGAGGAUGCCAGAACUUUUUCCUCAUUUCUCAUAAUAUUCAACCAGAGAAAAUGCAAGAAAUGAUCUCAAAUAUAAAGUCGCAUAAAGUGUUAUGCUCUAGUCCACAUCUUAAGAGGAAUUUCUACCAUUAUAAUUGGUCAGUGCCACCUAGUCAAUGUUGUAAAACAAAAUAAAAAUUUAGAGAUA